AGGUGUCGUACCCAAGUACCAAGGACUUUUCGCACGUGACUGCUGAUUAGGAAAUCGUCUGGUUUUUGGACUUCUAACACAGUCUCCGAACCAGGAUAUACUGCCAAGAACACGACUAUUGCCAUCGAUGUUGGAACAGUGGAUAACGGCAUGUAACCGAACUAACGUUGUUUCUACUGUUUCGGCCAAAUCAUUCAAACCUGUCAUUUCCUGUGCAGUGCGACGAUGGCCCUCUGGGUGAAAAGGGGAACUCCACUUGUUUUCUGCAUACUUUUGGCUUUGUUAGCGAAAGGUCUUGCCGCUGACAGAAAGCUAAGCAUCACAUAUAAUGAGCAGUGCGACAUUCCAGAAUGCAUGGGUUCCCACUUGGACAACCAGCCCAACUUGGUGCACGUCACCGGGACAGGAGACAAUGACACGGUCCACUUCCUGUGGAGUUCCAUUGGCACCCCCACAUUCCUCUUGGCAAGAACGACCCACGAGGCUCAACUUGUCGUCAACUGGGCAGCCUUGCUUCAGGACACCACGACAGGCUCCAUCUCAUUCAAACCGGCUGACUCGGUGCUUUACUCGUCAGCUUUGAUGUUUACCAAGUUAAUAGAGUACAAUGACACAGAGGACGACGGCAUGAUGAAAUCAAAAGAUGUCCUGGUGCCGACUGUCCUGAACGGGCUGCAAUGGCAAAACACCACCAUCAAUCAGACAGAGUUUAGUGCCAUGUUCAACACUUCGCUGGGAGAGCUGGGAGAUUAUGGAACCAUAGCCAUGAAAUUGACGGCAUUCAGCGACAGCGGUCGACUGACAUCACUGCCACACCUUCCACACACAGAAAACAGCACUCAGCUAGAUCUGACCAUGCAGAAUUUGACGUCGAAUUAUGUCAACACCCGCUUUGCUCUUGAGAUGAUGGUGGUUGGGAGCAGUAAUGGGUCAGGCGGAGUGGAGCUGAAGCAAGAUACAACCAUUGACGACCAGUACACCCCUGGUACAUUUUCAGUUUUAAAUCUGAAACUGCCAAACUCACCAGAAGGAAGUUAUCUACAGUGGAAGCCAGUUUCCUAUGUCUUGACCGAGCGGACAAUGGAGAAUGCACGCCAUGUGUAUCAGUACAACCUGGACACAAAAAGGGACCAGAUCAAGAUGCCAAAUGCCAGCAUUGCUCAUGCCUUCUUCUCUGCGGCUGAAAUGGUGCAGGUCGGAGCCGUGAAUAUCUCCUUUGGAAUCACCAAAGAUGGUUUUUUUAAGAAAACCAACUACACUUCAUGGUCAGCUUCCUUUGGUUACGGAAAGCCACCUGAAGAGUACAUGACCCUGACUGUCUACAUCGUCAUAUCGGUAGGCCUGGGUCUUCCUCUGAUCAUCGUAGUGUUUGGUGGAACAGGCGUCUGCAUCUCCAAGCACAGGCAAAAGAAGAGGAACAGGUCACUCCUGACCAACUAGGCUGAGAUAGGUUAUGCUUCAGUGAGCCAGAAAGGUAAGGUCGUUCGGGUACAAAGUGCACACAUGAGUUUGUGUAGAGGUGCACUGAUAGGACAGAUUGUCCCACAUGUGCCCCUGGUCCCAAAGAACCUCGGACGCACUUCAAUUUAGUAAGCACCGUCGAUAUAUUGAUAUAUCAAUAUUAUUGAUAUGGGGUUGAUAUCGAUAUCAUCAAUGUUAGUCACAGUAUAUUUGGUAAUAUCGAGAUAUCGAAAAUAUCGGAUUUUGGAUAAAUAUCGAAAAAAUAUCGAAAUUUAGAGAACAUCGAAACUGAAAAAUGUAUGGAAUAUGUCGCUACUGAGGAACGAACUGUGUUAAAAAAUAUGAAAGUGCAUCGUCACAUUACCGUCAUUUUUCGAUAAGCCACUGCUCACAUUGGUUCUCACACUGAGUAAAAAUCGUCCUCGUAGCUUAUACUGUGGGCGGCUUAUACGGCAACAUUUGAAGAAUAAAUUCAGUCACCUAUCUCAGUCUGGCAAUCAAUAAUUCGCAUACACUUUGCCUCGAAAAUAUCACAAAAUUUAUCCUCCAAAAAGAGAAUUAUUUGCCAACCAAGCGUACGUAGAGUAGCACCACGUGCUGAUGAUAUCGCUAUGUACGGCAGCGUGUAUCCCAUCCCAUGUAGGCAACGCACGCAAUACGGACGCUAGAACAUGUCAUCAAAGUGAAUUGGAUCACACCAUUACUGUAUAGGGGGCCGUUGUACCCUUAAAACAAUUUACCAGCAAUUCACGCCUACUAUAAUACCUUGAAAAUUAAAAUGAAUAAAUGAAUAAAAUUCGAUAUAUUGAUAAUAUCGCUAUAAAAAAAAAAAAGAUAAAUCGGUGUUGUCCAAAAUACGAUAUUGGCAGUGCCUACAGUUUAGGCAAGAACUGUUGGAAUACCGAACUGGCUCAUCGGAAUAGGGCAACUCCAUACAGAAGUGGAAAUCAGUCAUACUCUUACUGGCCUUAUUUUUAUAUAUAAACAAAGACCCCUUUUUCAAAAAUGAAUAGGAAAAUAAGAGGUAAUGAUAUUACUUGUUCUGUCCACUUUCAUGUUCUGAAUUUUUUCUGUAAUUAAAAAUGUUAAUGAAGUUGGUAAUCGUGCAACCAAUUUCCACGUUACCUUGGCAUUGGCCAUUGUUUUUAUUUGUUCUGAGAGUACGGCAGAAAUGUAGUGAAAGAAAGGAACUAUUUUGUAUUAAAACUGAACCACAGAACUUUGAAGUACUGUGAAGCACAUGUCAUUAAACUGAGCCCUUUCUUGAGUUACCGACUGAGAUAUGACAGUAGUGACUUGUCCACAAAGAUUUAUUGAAGUGUUGUGUAAAUGGAAUCGAUGCAUUUUUCAUACUUGUGCAAUGGUAAGAAUAAAUUUCAUUCACUCGCAGAUGGAGUGUUGCAUUGAACAUUUCAUGUGUCACUGCGUAAAAAGCUUUUCUUACACUCAUGAAAUUUUGUUAUUGGCGUUAUGUCAGUGGAAAGCAGAAAUGUAAGUUCCAGCUGGGCUGGGCUGCUAUAUACUUGUAUCUUGGUGGUUCCUUCAUCUUUGAGUGACGUCAAGCACGUCCCAUUUCCCUUGACAGUUGACUUUGGAAGAUAGGACCUACUUUCUUGCCUUCCAUGGUCCCCUUUAGUUCAUGGAAGCUUAUUGGUACUCCAUAACCACGCCAUAUGUGCUUACACAUACCUAUGGUGUACAUCCCUAACCCUAAACUUGCAUAAGAAUACAGUGGCAAACUGAAGAUUUCAUCUAGGUAGGGCGCUCAAAAAUUUCCAAAAAGUCCCCUUCUCCAACAGAAAAAAAAAUUUUGGAGGGGGCUGAGAUGUGUUAUGUCCUGGAACACCACCGCAGUAAAACAGCUUUUUGACCAAACGGUGUAAAAUUGCUAACGGCCAAUGCAGCACCUUGUGCCCAAAUUGACAAAGCGAUCCCUAUUCAAUGUCUUCUUCACGGAGUGAAAGAUGUAAAUAACAGUACUUUCCUGGGUUAAAGUUAAAAAUGUUUAACAUACAUGAGAAAACAUAAAAUGCAGUGUGCUGCAAGUGGAAACAAGAAAUAUUUGUGAUACUUGCAUUUAUUAAACACUUUAUCCUACUUAGUGACUCUGCUUACUGUACAACAUUUUAUUCUGCACUACUCAGGCAAGGCCACCUGUUUACAUGUACUUUGUAAGAUAUCAAUGGUUUUCAAUUACCACGCCAUCUCAUUGCAAGGACGAUUACAUUACAGGUUCAUUUCAGAGCUGUUAGGUUCUUAAAUGCCAAGCUUAUAGAGUAGCCUGUGGCGUGAGAUUGGAUAUAAUUUAGCCAAAAUCAAGGCAGUUAAAAUUUAUUUAAUAUAUAUUAAAAAUGGUAGUCAAAUACACCAAGCACAACAUUUAAGUGUGUUAUUUUUGUGAAGAUCAGAUCCACCUGAAAUGAAGAAAAUAUCAGAGAUAAAUUGGAAUUUUACUUUUGCACUUUGUCUUCAGCUUUACACAAGUCACAACUUCACAAAAAGUCACCAAUUGUACUGCCAUUGUUUGUAUACAGAGAGAUCAUUCUUAAUCAUGAUCAUACAAUACAACUAAUCUACUUGCCCUAGUCCCCCCUCUCUGGGGCCUAUCCAGGUUUGGACGGGAUGGGGAGCAAAAUUGAAUUUUUUUUGCAACCGUCCAAUUUUUUCAUCAGUAAAAGAAUCCUCAUUACCCAUCACUACAUCCAACAAGAUGGCAGUGCUAUUUCUCAAUAUUUGUGAUUUCAAUUCCAAAAAAGACAAAAUGGCAACUUGUCCCUUUUUUCUCCCCUGCUUGAUACCCCUCUACCCACCAACCCCUCAUCCGUCUGCCCCUACAGGAACCUGUAUAUCAAAGUUUCGUAUUUACAUUGUCACAUUUAACAAAGGAACGGCUAGUAAGACAAUACAUGUUUACAUGUUAUAUUAUAGUCUAUAUUUGUACAUCUACUUAAAUGUUUACAUCGGAACACGUUUCUUAUUUCUAAUUUACAUGUAGAGGUGUCCACGAAGUGCACAUUUUUUUUUAAGAAAACAAUUUUACAAUAUUUAUUGUCUAGAUUUAAGGACAGUAAUAUGUUACCCGUCACGACAAAAUGAGAGUGAAGUCGCAUCCCGCUCCUUCCUAUAUUGAGGGUUCGAAGUCCGAUUGAAGUUGAGGUCAGUUUAGGGGUUUUGUAAUAUUUGGAAAGAGUAACCCGUCUCCUAUUUUAUUCCAAAUAUUUCGCAGGAUCUCAUAUUUACAAUGUCAUUUUCUCGGCAAUUCGGCGAUAGCAUUAUUUGUGUUUGGAACAAAAACGCUGCUCAUCUUGUGGUGUGACAGGUGACAUAUCUUCAGAAUUCUAACAUCUUUUCUUCAAAUGAAUCAACAGAUGGACCUUCAUAAUGAACCACCAUCAAAGUAUUUUUUUCCAAUUUUCAUGACCAUUGAAGUAACCUCAGAAACAGUUUUGAUUUGACUUACACAUUACCAUGGUCCAGCCAGUCCUGCUGUUUCUAUGCUUAAAUUGAAUUAAGAACAUUUAAUGAACAUAAGGACAUUAAAUGAUAGCAUUGUAAUUUCACUUAUCGCAUGUCGAAUUGGGUGCCUGGUCAAAUAGUUGUCAAACAGGCUAAAGAACGUGCUAUAUCCUAUUACUUCCUGUUUUCACAACUUUCACCUUGGGAUGAUUUUUGGGUUUUGUUUGUAACAUUUAGUUUAAUGAAUCAUUUCAUCAUUUAAUGAAUCAUCGAAGAAAUAUAAUUGUAUGCUAUCAUAACGCAGUGUUUAAUUUAUACUGAUCUGAUAAAUUGAUUUCAUUUAUUGCGUGAAAAAUUUAGGGCUUACUAUAACGGGAGUUUUUACUGUCAUAUGGAAACUUCCACAUUGAAGAAGUUGAAAUAAAAAAGAAGUUGGAACGACGAAGUGAAA